AUGGGAGGAAGGAAUGCCAAAAAGAAAAAAGAAAAGCAAAAACAGCAGCAGCAACAGAAAAAUGCAAAAACUCAAGCAGUUAAAAAGCCAAAAAUAUUGAAAAUAAUAGAAGAGCCAGCUAUUGUAGAAAAGACUGCAGGGGAUGGUGGAACCCAAGGCAGUCCUUCAAUCCCUAUAUAUAUGGAUGAAGAAGGCGACAUUGGAAAUGAAUUUUACAUAGAAUCGAAUGGAAUUCUGACAAAAGUGAGAGAAGAACUUUUAAUUAAAAUAAGAUAA